AUGGACACCGUGAGAUCAGGCCUUGGUUCUGUAUGGAUGAGCCCACGGUUUAUCUUGAGAGCGGUUGAAUGGCUCUUUGCACUGAUUGCCUUCUCUACUGCCGCAUCUUAUACCGGAUUCUCGUAUAUUUCUGGCGCUAUCGGAUUUAUGAUCUUUGUUGGAGUAUUGGCAUGGCUGCUGGAUAUGGCCUUCAUGGCCCUGUACAUCUUUAGGCCAAAUGCUGGCAGGAGUGUGCAUUUCGUCGAGCUGAUCAUCUCGGCGCUUUGGACUUUCUUCUGGUUUGCUGCAUGGGUGGCGAUGGCUGCUCAAAAUCUAUGCGGCGGACUUUGUAGCACAUGGAACGCAUCUAUCGCUUUUGGUGCCUUCUCUAUGGUAGCAUGGGGAGUUUCUACUUUCAUGGUCCUUCGAGAGUACCGCAAAGUUUAA